AUGACUUCCGCUUCAUCGAGCAGCGCUCGUUCGUUAUUCGCGGAGUCAAAACAACGUUUAGCGGAAAGAGUGCAAGUAAAUAUGAACAACAUAGCGUCUCUAGCUCGACAAAUACAGCGAGGCUCAAAAUCUAAUGAGUUACUUUCGAGGGCAGCAAGAGAUAUGGCUUCAACGGAACACUUGAUGGAAGGUAGUGAGGAGAAUCUCAAGAAAAUGCAAUUGAUAGCUGUGCACAUGGGCUACCAGUAUGAAAAUAUUCUGAAAUCAGCCCAAAUGAUAACAGAGGUCGGAGAACAAGUGUCGAAUAUGCAAAGAUAA